CUAGUGUCCGCCGGAGCGAAAGCAACGACUGUUGGCGCCGAGACCCGAGAGUCUAUAGCGACUGCAUCACUUGUUCGAGAUUUCGAGAUCUGCUGAGGUGUGAGAACUGCGUGUUAGACUCAAGUCGCUCCCUGCGCGAGGGCGAUUUGCUCCAGCUUUCCGAUGGGUGGGGGACGAGUUGCUGCUGCGCCAGCUCAAAGUGUUCCAGCUAGCGGACGCCAAGAGCACGUUACUGUCAUGGACGCAGCAGGAGCUAGCUCCAUCCGGAAUAGUCUCAACCUCAGCCCGGAACAGUCAUCAACACCCAAUCCGGAGUCAUCUCUUCCAGCGGGAGUUCCAGAUAAAGAAGAGAACUGCACUCCGCCGAAAUGUCUCGAUAACGACGCUACUCAUUUAAAGUGGAAAAUUCCGGCGGAUAUCAAGAACAUUAAGUUUUGUACCACAGUGUGUUGCAAUAUGGUGUGUGUUGUAUAAUCUUCAACAAUAAAAUUCGUCUUCCUUA